AUGAACUUGGAAGAGAUGUUGUCGUUAGAAACUCUUGCCUACCUUUAUGCAGAGGAUGAUGACGAAGAGGUAUGGUACUACACCUGUGAUGUAGAAAAUGAAGAUGGUGAAGAAAUUGAAAACAACCCUACUGCAGAAAUUGAAGACCCGAAUAUGAACAUCAUCAACACAAAAGGAACCAAGCCACAGUUAUCUAAUUUUCUGAGGAAAAAAAUGAUUACAAAAAUUUUAAGAUGUGGUAGGAAGUUUAAAGAACCAGAUUUAGAGAAGAUGAAAGAAAUUCCACAAAAACAAAGAACAACAAUCAGAAAGUUUGCAACAGCUUUCGGAGUCAGUCCAUCCACAAUUUAUAGGUGGAUAAAGAGGGGCAUUAUCAAACCGCAUUCAAAUUCAAUGAAGCCUAGACUGACAAAUGCGCAGAAAAUCACAAGGCUUCAUUGGGUUAUGAGUUUAAGUGUACCAAAGACACUAACAAAGAAGUUGAGGUUUCAGAAUUUGUGCAACUUGGUUCACAUAGAUGAAAAAUGGUUCUAUAUGAGCCAAGUCACACAAAAAUACUACUUGCUUGACGGUGAAGAAGACCCUUACAGAUGCAUUCAAAGCAAAAACCACAUCCCAAAGAUGAUGUUUAUAGGGGGUAUUGCAAGACCUGUGUUAGGGGGACAAGGGGAGAUACUUUGGGAUGGAAAGCUUGGGAUUUUCCCUUUUGUUGAAAAAAGAGCAGCAAUCAGAUCAAGUAUUAACAGAGAAAAGGGAACCAUUGAAACUAAAGCAAUACAAAAAAUUACUAGGCCAGUUAUCAGAGAGAUGUUACUCACACAAAUGAUCCCAAGAAUCAAGGCAAAAUGGCCUUCUUUCCUCUCAAAAACAAUCUGGAUCCAACAAGACAAUGCAAGACCUCAUGUUCUUGUUGACGAUGUUCAGUUUUUAGAAGUUGCACAGCAAGAUGGCUUCGAUAUCCAUCUGAUUUGUCAGCCAGCACAGUCACCAGAUUUGAACAUCCUAGACUUAGGGUUUUUUAGGGCUAUUCAGUCAAUCCAAUACAAGGCAUUUCCUAAAAAUGAAGAUGAAUUGAUCAAGGGAAACAACACUUACAAAUCCCCUCACAUUGGGAAGGCAGCGUUAGAUAGGAAAGGUCUUUUACCGGAUACUAUUGACAUUAAUGAUGAGAUUGUGAAAGACAUUGUGGACUUCUUGGAUGAGGGGGUGAUCAAUGCAUCAUGGACAAGUGAAGAUUAA